GGACGCACUAAGCUCAUCUGGUCCACCUCAUGUCCUGCAGCCUGCUGCUGCUGCUUCUGUCUGUGUGUUGUUGUGUGUGCAUGUAGAGGCUGACUGGAGCAGAGCAACUUGGUGUGCUCAGUUCGUUUUAAAGAAAAGAACUUGGACACGUGUGUGUGUGAGAGAGAGACUGCAUGUUGUGAUGUGACCACAUUAGAUACAUUUCAUCAUUUUGCACUUAUGAAAAAGAGGUAUUUAUUUGUAUUUAUCUGUUUCUGUUGAAGCAAAAAAAACAGGCGCGGCGUGGCUUUGUUGUUGUGCAAAGACUUUGUUUCGUGCUAUUUAGUUAGCUAGUUUAUUCUAAUUGAGAUCAAGAUGUCCACUGACUGCCAGAAGACCACUGCCAAGGCCAUCCCGUCCACCAGGAGGGUGACCAUCAGCGACGCGGCGCACAUGCCCCAAGACUACUCCACUACACCCGGAGGGACGCUGUUCAGCACCACACCGGGAGGAACCAGGAUCAUCUACGACCGAAAGUUCCUGCUGGGGUGUCGCACCUCUCCGGCGGCCAAGACUCCCCCGAGAGGUCUGCCCAACAUUCCAGGGGUGACCAGUCCUCUCUCCAAAGACACCGACGAGAAGGACCAUAAUGGAGAACUACCGAACAACAACGUCGCUGCUCCUGAUAGCAGCAACACUGGUGAUGACUCACAGUUUGAGAUGGACAUCUAGGUGGUCCUGGAGUGAGUAUUAAGAUGUCAGACUCACCGACACGAUGCUGUGAAGAGAGGCUCAGGGGCGCCUUCUUAUUUCCCAUCUUCCAUUCCAUGAAAACGGAGGUUCGCCUUCAGUAUCUCCAGUGUCUUAGUGUUUUAAAGUCUGUCUCUAAAAAUAUAAUUUGCUUGUUUUGCCCAGAACAAAUCUGUAAUGAAACUUUUUUUUUUUCUGUCUGCCUCAAGGCUUAAACCUGAUUUCUGUGUGACAAAGUGUGCCUUCCUGUCAUGUUUAAAAUCAACACUGAGAAGUAAACACCAACAAAGCCUGAUCCCUAAGAACUCGGAUAAGAAAAUGAAAAUGAAAAUCAAUAGAGAAUAAUUUAAGUUUUCUGAAUUUAUAACCAUUCCACACAUUUCCUGACACCUCUCUUCAGAUAUUGCCUUGAAAUGUUCAAGAUGCUGUAUAAUUUCUCGAUCGUGCUCUUAAGAACGAGUUCUUCACCUGAAGUCUCAUACGGAGAAUGUAAAACAUGAAGAUGUUAAUGACAUUUUUGAAACAGAUUUUCACACGGUUUAUAGGGUGAUAAAGAAUUAAAGCAAAACGCCAUUAAAGCAAACA